AGGUCUGCUCUCAGCUGUCCAGCGCGUAACUAAGCAACUGGGAGACGCAACGUUGCUGUUCUGCUGAUAACGGGUUUUAAAGUCUCAACUUUAGAAAUGGACUUACUUUCUCAAGCAGACAAGAAACCACUCUCUACUCUGUCCGUAUUUAGUUUUAUCCCAUCAAGGAGAUCUGAGCAGAAAGAGUUGACCUAUUACAACUUCGAUAAUCCUCGGGCUAAAGACGUUCCCCAGUAUGACUUGUAUCGACACACUGAAGGUUAUGACAACAAACUGCACCGUGACGACAGACAGCAUGCAAAAGGCAGAGGCCUGGACUUCAGCAAUGAGGAGGCCUCGAGGUCCUUCCCGGUGUUGUCUUCUUCGGAGUACGGACGGCGCUUCCCUCUCAGCCCAAAUUACCACCCGGGACGACGCUUCUUCCGCGUCAACUACGUCCGAUCCGAGUUCUUCACCAAAAACGGCAUCACGAAAAGCGUGGAGGAAGGAUACGGAUCCGUGGUGCCCGUUUGAGAUGCCCCUGUGGUGCCCGUUUGAGAUGCCCCCUGGUUGUGUAAUGUGAAAAUAUAUACACGUAGUAACAAAGA